ACUUCUUUUAUGCAUGUAACAUAUUUAUGAUGAUAAAAUAUGAUUAGUUAUGAUUUAAUAAAAAUACUUAAUGUUGCGAUUAGUAAUUUAUGAUCGAUAUUUGGUCAAAUUAAUAUGUUUAUACUUUAUAGUUUAUUUGAUUUAAAUUUGAUAGGAUCAUGGCACCAAAGGUACCAGUUUAUGAUCGGUAUGAGGGUUGCGGCGAUGAAGUCGACCCGGAUCUCAUAGUUGGGAUUCGUGCAUCAUUGGAGCAUCAGCAUACGGUCGAUGAAGCAAUGAGGCAUCGACGACCUGACUCACAAUUGGAGCAUGGCAGUAGUAGUGGAAUCCAGAGGUCAACCAGCAUGAGGCAACCAACUGCUCCUUCUCAGUUAGGCCGAACUAGUAGCAUGAGGUAUGGUGGACUCCGUGGUUUUAUAAGAGGCCUUGGCAGGAGGUCCGCACCAGAUAUUGUUGAUAUUGAUCCGCAAGCCUAUCCCCCACAAACAGCGAAACAGACACGGAUUGACGAUGCAUACACAAAAUAAAAAAAACGGGAUAUUGGGAAGGCAAUCUCAAAAUGGUUCAACUUUAAUAGGAUUCCAGCCAACACAGCCCAAGGUCCAUAUUAUCAGAGCAUGAUCUCUUCUAUUCAAAAGUCUGGCACGGGGAUCCAACCUCCAACACCGAAGGAGAUUUACGACGUGUACUUAGAUGAGGAAGUGGCAGAACUAAAGGAUUGGAUCAAAUCCUUCAAGAGGCAAUGAGACGAAUAUGGGGUGACAUUGAUAUGUGACAGUUGGACAGGACCAACAAGAAUGAGUAUCAUCAACUUUCUUGUUUAUUGCAAUAGAAAAGUGGUAUUUCAUAAGUCCGUUAAUGCUACUGAAAAGAUCCAAGAUGCAAAAUAUAUUGAGAGCUUGAUGGAUACUAUGGUAGAGGAGAUUAGACCACAGUAUGUUGUCCAAAUAAUAAUCGACAAUGGAGCGAAUUUCAAAAAGACUGAUUUGCAAUUGAUAGAAAAAAGAAAAACUUUGUUUUGGACUCCAUGUGCAGCUCAUUGCAUAGAUCUAAUGCUGAAGGAUAUUGGUGAGUUGAAUUCGGUCAAGAAUUGCGUAGCUCGAGCACAAUCAAUUACAAAGUUUAUAUAUAAUCAUCAUUGGGUCCACGCAUUAAUGCAAAAGUAUGUAAACGGUGAGAUACUUCGACCUGGAAUUACUCGGUUUGCUACCAAUUUUAUUACAUUAAAGUCAUUACAGCAAAAAAGGCAUGGCUUGAAGGUAAUGACUAACUCACAAGAGUGGUCUGAAUCAAGAUAUUCGAAAUUGAGCGAUGGAAAGAAGACAGAAAAAGCCAUUCUUUCCUCUAGAUUUUGAGAGACUAUAGCAGAAAUCAUUAAAGGUGUGGAACCACUUUAUAUUGUCCUCCGUAAGGUCGAUAUGGACAAGCGUCCACAGAUGCCGUAUCUUAAAUAUAUGCUGAUUUCAGCAAGAGAGGAGGUUAGGAAAGCAUUCAAAGAUGAUUUUAAGGCCGACCAAUACGUACGAAUCAUUGAUCAUUGGACCGAAGUUCAUAUGGAUCAAGAUAUCCAUAAUGCAGCGUAUUAUCUAAACCCGGCAAUUCAAUAUCGAUAUGCUCUCGGAACGCAAAAUAAUUUCCUAACGACACUACAAAAUGUUAUAUAUCGGUUCUUGCCAAACACUACCGAGGCAGCCGAUGCUCUUAUGGAGGGUCGAUUAUUUCGAGAAACAGUUGGUUCAUUCUCCAACGUUGUAGCUGUAUCGUGUCGUUACACUAUGGAUCCUGUCGAGUGGUGGCUACAAUUUAGAGGCGAUGCACCACAUUUAAGGAAGGUUGCCAUUCGUGUACUUUCACAAACAGCAACAUCUAGUGGUUGCGAACGUAAUUGGUCAACGUUUGCAUUGAUUCAUACGAAGGUUAAAUUGUGGUGUGAUUGCCCAUUCUGGCCUGAUGAUGGGAUGUGCUAUCUCCGGGAUUGUACUGUAUGCGAGUGUCCAGAAAGUGAGUUUCCAGAGCCCUUUAAGAAAUCAUCCAGAUUGUUUUCUGCUGACGAUGUGAUUUGUCAGGAGGGAAAACCACAGGCUGCUGUGGAUAGGACCCUUGAUGAUACAAUUUUCAAAGGAUGGAUCCAGAUUGACAAUCCUUGGACAUAUGAUGAUGAAACUGAUGAUGCAGCUAUGACAUAUGUGAAUCUCCAGCUGAACCCUGAGAGAUACCCUGGUUAUGCAGGUCCAUCAGCUCAAAGGAUAUGGACUGCUGUUUACAAGGAAAAUUGUCCACAAUAUCCUUCUGAAGAAUGGUGCAAUGAGAAGAAAGUGAUGUACAAAUUAAUCUCUGGGUUGCAUUCUUCAAUUUCAGUUCACAUAGCAUCUGAGUAUCUCCUUGAUUCAUCUGCCAAUUUGUGGGGGCAAAAUGUUCAGAUGCUUUAUGAUCGAGUAUGGAAACACCCAGAUCGGGUCAGAAAUUUGUAUUUUAUAUUUCUCUUUGUUCUGCGGGCAGUGACAAAGGCUGCAGAUUACUUGGAACAAGCUGAAUACAACACUGGCAAUCAUGUGGAAGAUUUGAAAACUCAGUCAUUGGUGAGACAGCUACUCUACAAUAACAAACUUCUAUCUGCUUGUCGGGUACCUUUUGAUGAAGUCAAUAUCUGGCAAGGUCAAAAUGGGCCUGAUCUUCUGCAGCAGAUUCAGAACCAAUUCAGAAACAUCAGUGCAAUCAUGAACUGUGUGGGAUGUGAGAAAUGCCGAUUGUGGGGAAAACUUCAAGUCAAUGGUCUAGCAACAGCUUUGAAAGUUCUAUUCUUUGUUGAUGGCAAAAACAAUGUAAACAAGACACUGCAGCUGCAACGAAAUGAAGUCAUCGCACUGUUUAACCUUCUAAAUCGACUCUCUCAGUCUGUAAAAUUUGUUCAUGACAUGGGACCUCUCAUGGAGAAGAUGGAAAGGCAUGAUUCUUCCCCUACAGGCAAAACUCCCUGGUAGUAAAAUAUGAAUUUUCUUGGUCUAAUGCUGGUUUUCGCGACUUCAUGACGGAAGAUGCAGACAUGAUCCUUCACUUUUUCUUUAAAGAUAUAAACUUGAUGUUGUUGGUUUAGGAAAUCAUCUUUGAUAGCUUUAAUGAGACAAUGUAUAUUAGUGAUCAAGAUGCACUAUGGGAUCAGGAGAUGACUCCUGCUGUAAUAUCAUAAAAUAAGACUUUAUGUGAAAAAAAGGAAACAAAUUUGCUCAACACAAUUAUUCUGUAUACGAUUCAAUUGUUUGUCUUUGGCAAUGUUUUUGUAUUAUCAUGUUCAUGAUAUGAUGUGAAAAAUCUUUUACACUUUUGUGUAUAGUCUUAUCCUUGCAAUCAUAUAAACAGUUUCUGUGAAUCAUUGGCUAAUAUUCUUGAUAAAAGUAAUAAUUCAUUAAUCUUUAAUCGUUAAUGACAGGUGAGUUUGGUUCGAGAUAAGAACGAAUGGAUCUGGGGACGUGAUAAUUGAAGCUUGUUGCACUCAACUUGGUUGUCGUGACCCAACCGGAAUCUAGUCCAAGUAUCGAAAGAAAGCCAGUCCAUUAUAUAGGGUAGCCAUUGCAAGCCCAUAAGGAUAGCCGGGCUUAAGCCCAUAUAUAGGUCUCAGGUUGACGCACAAGACGAGACGCUUGUUACCCUCUCUCUCCUCUCAUGAAGCCCUCGAUCCAAAUCAAAGCCGUCACUACCGCCACCUCCUCCACUCCGACGCGUCUAUCCUCCCUCUUCUCUUCCUCACCACCAAUUACGCAGCCGGCCCCCGCUUCGCCAUGUCGCCGCCCCCCUCCGCCCACCUUCAUGUCCCGCCUCUACUGCUCCAUCUGCGCGAGCCCUUGUCCGAGCCCGGCUCGCCUGCGAACAUCUCCCGAACGGCCUCCGCCCGCACCUUCGCUCCUGGAGCCUCCUCUCUCGCUUCAGCUCCGCCGGCUUCGUCGCGAGCCCGGCCUCAGGCUUCCCGCCGAGACCCUCGGCACCAUGAUCCACUACUUCGUCCACAAUCGCCGCAUCGCCGAGGCCCAGGCCCUCGUCCUCCGGCUGGUCCGCCGGCGUAGUGCCUCCCGUGCGGAGGUCGUCGCUGCGCUGGCCACCAGCUACGACCGCUGCGAGGGCCCCGGCUCGGCCGUGUUCGACCUCUUGAUCCGCACCUACGUGCAGGCGAGGAAGCCGAGGGAGGCAGCGGAGGCGUUCCGCUUGUUGAAGGCCCGGGGCCUCUUUGUCUCCGUCAACGCCUGCAAUUUGCUCCUUGCUGGAUUGGUCCGGAUGGAUUGGGUCGACAUGGCGAGGGACAUCUAUGGUGAGAUCGUCGAAAUGGGGGUCCAUCCGAAUAUCUACACUUUGAACAUCAUGGUGAAUGCCUUCUGCAAGGAUAGAAGGUUUGACCAGGUAAAUUCGUUCUUGUUGGAGAUGGCAAAAAGAGGGAUUUUUCCUGAUGUUGUAACGCAUAAUACUUUAAUUGAUGCACACUGUCGCGCUGGGCAUUUGGAAGAAUCAUUGCAAUUGCUGAAAUCGAUGGGCGACAAUGGACUAAAGCCUGAUGUCGUGACUUAUAAUGCUGUUCUGAAUGGGUUUUGCAAGAAUGGUCUAUAUGACAAAGCAAAAGAAUUGCUGGGGGAAAUGUUGGAUGCUGGUUUGGUGCCGAAUGCUUCUACAUUCAACAUUUUUCUCAGUGGGUUUUGUAAGAUUGGUAACACAAGCGAAGCCAUGAGGAUUUAUGAUAAGAUGGUCGGUAGUGGACUUGUUCCUGAUAUAGUAAGCUUUAGCUCUGUGAUAGACUUGUUUUCGAAGAAAGGUGAUAUGUAUCGAGCACUUGCAUAUUUUGGGGACAUGAAGACCAUUGGCUUGGUUCCAGACAAUGUCAUCUACACUAUGCUUAUCAGUGGAUUUUGUCGGAUUGGUUUGAUAACGGAAGCUCUGAAGAUGCGUGAUGAGAUGGUAGAUCAUGGUUGUUUGCCAGAUAUUGUCACCUACAAUACAAUCUUGAAUGGCAUAUGUAAAGAACAAAGGUUGUCGGAUGCUGAUAAACUUUUUCAUGAGAUGGUAGAAAGAGGAAUUUCCCCUGACUUUUGCACUUUCACUACUCUCAUUGAUGGAUACUGUAAGGGUGGUUUAGUGGAGAAAGCUUUAAGACUGUUUGAUAAAAUGCUAGAAAGCAAUUUGAAACCAGACAUUGUUACUUACAAUAGUUUGAUUGAUGGUUGUUGCAAAGAAGGGAAUAUGGAAAGAGUAAAUGAGUUGUGGGACGACACGUGUCGAAGGGGAAUGCUUCCUAAUCACAUUACCUACAGCAUUUUAAUAGACAACCACUGUAGUAAAGGACAGGUGGAAGAAGCCUUUAGGUUCCUGGAUGAAAUGGUAGAAAAUAGAAUUGCACCUAAUGUUGUGACAUAUAAUUCGAUUAUUAAAGGUUAUUGCCGGUCUGGCGAUGCAAAAAAAGCUGAAAAGUUCUUAGAAAAGAUGAUUGAUGAUAGUGUCAUUCCUGAUAUAAUUACGUACAACACUCUCAUUUAUGGAUUUGUCAAAGAAGAGAAGAUGCAUAAGGCUCUUCAUUUGAUCAAUAAGAUGGAGAACAAAGGGGUGCCACCUGAUGUUAUCUCAUAUAAUGUAAUUUUGAGUGCAUUUUGUGAACAAGGGGAGAUGCAAGAGGCUGAUUCUGUAUUUAAAAGAAUGGUCAGCAGAGGAGUCCAACCUGAUGGAUCUACAUAUACAACCUUGAUAAAUGGUCAUGUUGCAGUUGACAACUUGAAAGAGGCAUUUCGUCUCCAUGAUGAAAUGCUACAGAGAGGUUUUGUGCCUGAUGAUAAAUUUUAGAAUUCCUUUUUGUGCAGAUUUGGGAGCUUUGAAAGAAAAAUAGUUGUCCUUGCUGAUAUAUUCUGUUAGGCACUAGGAAUUAUGGGACAUGAAGUGGUUGACUUGGAUGGCAGGCAGGUUACACAUUCCACAGUGCCAAGAUGUAUGGUGCAGCUGAUUAUGAUCAUCCUAGGGUAUGUAUGCACUAGCACCCUUGAUGGGUACUCCAUAACCUGCAAAUGCUUAUUGAAACCCAGGUUGGUCCUUCAUUCAUCUGAGUGGGUGUGUGGAUGUCAAAGUCACUUCACAACCUUCUCCCAUUUACCCAUAUCUUACCCAUAUCCAAAGUAAGGUAGGUUUACUCAGCUGAGUCACUCAAUUGGCUGGUUCUUUACAUCCACAAGAAGAUUUUUGGUCUGCAACACUGUGAUAACAGUAUGGUGCUACUGGUUAUAGCUGUUGGUGCAUUUAUCAAGGGCUUAAGGAUUCUGUUGGAGAUGAUGAGACAAUAUUUCAUUCACGCAAGAACUUAAACCGGCAGGUUGCUUGUGGCUGUGAAGAUGAGAAAUACAAAUUGGCUAACUUGCACUUAUUUGAGCAGUUGGUCGGACAUUUGGUAGUGCUUUGGACCUGGCGGUUUGCCUUUACCAGAGCUUCUAAUAUUUGACUAACUUGCUCGGCUUCGUCAGCAGAGGGAUGAGAUUGCUUGGUGCAUUAGGAAUACGAUUAUGGAAUAUGGACUCUAUUCACUCCUUUCAACCUUUUGCUUCAUUAAUACAUAUUUUCAUCUUUGUUGUCUGGUCCGAUGCCAUUAGACUUUGAUAGCGCCCGUCCAAUCCUUUUCUGGUUUGCUACAUGGAGAUGCUGCAGAAAUGAUUGCUAUCAUCAAUGCUGCAAUUGUCCAGUUCUUUAUUGAGUUGUAGCAUCCUUGAGUUGUCUGUGUUUUAGAUUGACUCCGUUUUUAAGCUUACCAAAAUGGUUGAUGAAUGAGAGCUUUCAGUGUCAUAUGACUAAACUAUCUUUGUCUAAGUUAGAUCCAGAGUGUUCUACUUCAGUCUUAAGGUUCUUUGUACUGUCAUUACUGCACAGUUCUAAUAUUGGAAGAUUUGAUGUCUGCUUAAGCUUCUUUUUGUGUUGAGAGAGGUGUUUCUUAUCAGCUACAGAAAAGAAUAAUUCAAAUAAAAAUCCUUUUUAGAUGUGGCUUAA